CUACACAACUAAAGACACUAUCUGAGGCCUAUAUAACAAUGUCCGUUGUUCAUGUGCUAGUGUUAUGGUGCUGUCUGGCGUCCGUUGGGCGCUGUUUCCUGUUGGACGAUAACUCCGUGCAGAGCCUCCUGUCGGCCAUACAGACUGAGAAGUUAGCACGUGCGUCCCUGGAGGCGGAUAUCUCGGCACUGCGGGCUACAGUGGCGUCCCUCAACACAAGACAUGUCAAUUCGCAAUGCGUAUGUCCCCCAAGCAAGGCAGUGGCGUUCUCGGCAACCCUUACGUCCGACAUCACCAACCUAGGCGACUCUCAGCCAAUCGUCUUCGACAAGGUGAUUACAAACACCGAUGGCGUCUACGACUCGCGUCACGGCUCCUUCAGGGCUCCAGUGGGCGGCACGUACAAGUUUACGUUCUCUGUGCUGCAGGGGACGGCAAGUACCUGGAUCGCCGUUGAUCUCGUCUUGAACGGUAACGUGAUUGGACGCGUAAAAACCGGAAGUUAUGGAUACUACGACAUAGGAACGAACGUGGUCAACGUGCAUCUGGCGGCGGGCGAUGACGUUUGGGUGCAGCACAAUGGUAACCAGGGAAGCGAUAAGAUUGUUGCCAAGGGAGGCGGGUACACCAUGUUCACGGGCCACCUUGUCACCGCCGACUAACCUUUGGAACAUAAUUUAAUAGUCAUAUUGUGAUGUUGCAAGUGAAAGGGUACAUAAUAAA